UCCAGUCACUCGGAUUCAACUUGUAUGUACCUGAAAGCAUCUUUAAAGUUUUACUUAUUUGAUGGCAGGAGGUUUAAAUGGUGACCGGUGAUUGUAUUGAGAGCGAUAUCACGACUCGGGAUUUAUUGAUUGCUAGUCAGUUAAUGGUGGUACGCAAUUGUCCUAAUCCUCGAGGGAAUAGGCUGGUGCCUAUUGUAGAUACGGUCGACUCCAAUAGCAGACGGAACGAUCGGAGGGACAAUAGCGCAGGUAGAUUUCUCCCGCACCUGGAGGUGGAGAGUCGUUGGGUAGUCCAUUACAUACUGUCAGUCGCUAGCACGGGCCACGUCGCCUGACUCUGUUCUCAUGUUUAGUUAGGACAACAGUUUUGCGAAGCCUUGAGGUUUACAAGUGCAGUUUGGUCUUGUGCUCUUACUAGGCAGAAUUGGAUUAUUGGAAUCUGUGUGGAGGAAGGUUUCGAGUUGGAUUGUAAAGGUGUAAUCAGGCAAUGGGCAGUAAGAAUAAUUCUGGAUGUCAAGUGCGUGUAUUCCUGUGCCACAUGGAAUUGGUCCGUGUUCAGUUCAUAGUUCCCGAACCAAGAUAAAUUCACAACACGUAAAACGUGUGGAGGAACAAUACACACGCUAAUAUCAGACAGAACAAACCCCUUUUGAAUAGUAUUCCUGGACCAACUUUGUACCAUUAUAGUCGAACACUUAUUUAAAACUUACAUACUCUAAACACGAUGCUAGUGGUUCCUUUAUAGGAGCCAGACUGAACCCAAAGUGGAUAUCUUAAAGGACUGCGAUGACCGGCUGAAAGAAGUUCGUAUACCUAUAUCAGUGGACAAGGACAUGGAGUCUCUACUGACCAGGGCCCGGAAGCUUGACCGGCGGCUGACCAUCAAUGUCGGAGGGGUGGCCUUUCAGACCCUGAGAAGCACCCUGGAGCGCAAACCGGGAACCCGUCUUGCCACCAUGGCUAUUCUUCACGAGCGAGACGAGAGCUGGGACCCUGACACCAAGGAAUUCUUCUAUGACAGACACCCGGGGGUGUUCGCUUCUAUCCUACAUUACUACAGAACGGACGAACUUCACACGGACCAUAACAUCUGUGGUAACAUUAUACGAGGGGAGCUGGAGUUCUGGGGAUUAACGGAGCUGGACAUAGAGCCAUGCUGUUGGGGCAACUACAGUCGCUUCAAGGAACACAAAGACAAUCUGGCAGACCUUGAUGAGAACUUCACUCUGGGACUGGACGAGAAGGCGUGGGGGGAGAAACCGUCGUCACUGCAGAAGUUCAAGAAACGUAUUUGGAUGUUUCUGGAAGAUCCUGGAUCAUCAAGAUGGGCAAAGGUGUAUGCGGUUGUGUCAAUGUUCUUCGUGGUUCUGUCUAUCGCCGUCUUCUGCCUAGAGACCCAUGCCUGGUUCCGCGUGGCUCUCCCUGGUGUGACGCUCCCCAACACAACAUCCGUGAGAUCACUAACAGGGGGGGACGGGGCAUGCUGCUGCAAGGUCAAGGUCGACGAACUCCCCAGUUCCCUCACCGAGCCACACGACGCCAUGAAAUACCUGGACUAUUUGUGUGCGGCUUUCUUUACAUUUGAAUAUCUCAUGCGACUGUUCUUCGCUCCGAGGAAGCUGGUAUUCAUACGCCAGCCUCUUAACGUCAUCGAUAUUUUAUGUCUCCUUCCGCACUUCAUCGCCAUCACGAUUAAGACCAUCAACCCUGCAGAUUCCGCCAGUCAUUUUCUCAAGUCUGUCCUGGCUUUAAGAAUUGUACGAGUCCUGCGUAUCUUCAAGCUAAUGAAGCACUACACAGCCUUCAAGAUUUUAGUGUACACAAUUAAAGUCAGCACUAAAGAACUUUGCCUCAUGGUCAUAUUCCUCUUUAGUGGGGUCCUCAUAUUCGCCAGCAUAAUCUACUAUGCGGAAAAUGCAACAUUCAAUAAUAUCCCAAUUGGUUUCUGGUGGGCUCUGGUAACCAUGACGACGGUCGGUUAUGGUGACAAGGUACCAGUCUCAGAAGGAGGGUACAUCAUCGGAUUUAUGUGUGUGUUGUGUGGAGUAUUAACGGUGGCCUUCACUGUCCCAAUCGUGGUCAAUAACUUUACUCUUUAUUACGCGCACGCGCAAUCAAGGGUGCGAUUACCCGAGAAGAAACGGAAGGAACUACAGCGGAAGCUGCUACUCAAAAAUCAGAGAGCAACAGACUUUAUUAAAAAGUUGACAAUUAACGUUGCGAACAGAAAGAAAAAUAAAAGCGAAUUCAGUGUCAUAGAAGAUAUGAAGAAGACAGAACCUUCUACCGACUCUAAUAAAGGCAUUGGGGCCAGCUACAAACCUAAGACGGCAGCUGAGGAUCGCUGGAACCGGAGUCUUCAGGGUUCCCGUAUUACCACAGUGUCAGAAUGUGUCACUGAAUCUAUGGAACUACCAAACUCACCAAUAAGUCUGACCAUAGACGAAGGACAGAAAUCGGCCCAGCAGAUUGAGACGGAACAGCUGCUGAGUGACCUGCAUGGAAAGAACGAAAAGUUAAAGGAAGAAAGGCGGCGUCAGCUGGACAUGGUGAAUACCAAGAGGGAGCAGAAACGCCAGGCUAGGAUGACCCCUCGGCCAUCCCCUGCACCUGCUGCAGCUGCCAAGUCACAGCCUGCACCUGUAGAGACGCCUGAACCAGAAAAUGGUGAGACAAAAUGAGAGACAAUGGAAGCCUUCGCAAUCAAUCAGGGUUGCUGUCAGAUAUACGUCGAUCGCACCAGAACAUACACAGUAACCUAUUUCACCAAACGUCGAUCGACAUCUUUGAUGCUUACAAAGGAUGCUAAUGCUUCUACUGGCUCUGUAAUUGGCGUAUUCUUUUCAUUGCCAAUUUACACUGGUCAUCCGAUGGGUUAUCAAUUACGCACCGCGUUUAGCAAUUGAUCGUUUUGUGUCAUCUCUUGCGGACAAUGGGAUUGAAUUAUUUCACGGGUUAUUUCCGACUCAGAUGUAUUGAACUAUUAUCAAACCCCUGACAGUGAAUGAUUGCAAUAGAUUCCACAAAACAAACACGCUGUGCAAUUGAAAUGCUGGUAAUAUAAAAGGCAUAUUGACGCCUUUAUGUGAUUGUUUUAUAUGAUAACAUGUAAUAGGAAACAUUAAAAGGCACAUAAUAUUCUCCAUGUAAAUGACAAUGUCACAUGAUAUAUAUGCACGAUGGAGUGAAUAAUUAGAAUUUAAGCCCCGUCAAAAACUAUUACAUUGCCAAACUGGUAUCAUCUUUAAGAUAAGAGUUCCAAAUAUUCGACAACCAAAAAUGACCGUUAUGCUUUCCAUCCUGUAUGCAUUGUCAAUAUAUGUAGUGACAAUGCAUUCAUGUUUGCAGUAAAACCCAUAUAUAAUGAGCCACAGCUGUCUAAUCUCACAGUCAUAUUUUAGUAUUCCACUUCACACUGCUAUUCCAGUAAAUGACUGUUUUGUACAUAACUUCACAUGUGUAAAUACGGUACAUUUACAUAUAAGGUUAUCAAUUAAUAUUGAGCACACAUUUUAUGGCACACUGUUCAAGCGGCAAUUGAUAUACGUGAUUUUGCAGUUAAUAUACUGAUGGUUUG